GGUGGCACCGGCGGCUCUGUUCUUGGCAGCCAAGGUGGAGGAGCAGCCUCGUAAACUGGAGCACGUAAUCAAGGUAGCACAUGCCUGUCUGCACCCCCUGGAAACUCUUCCAGACACAAGGAGCGAGGCUUACCUGCAACAAGCCCAAGACCUGGUCAUUCUAGAGAGCAUAAUACUGCAGACCCUGGGCUUUGAGAUCACUAUUGACCACCCGCAUACCCACGUGGUGAAGUGCACGCAGCUAGUGCGAGCCAGCAAGGACUUGGCACAAACUUCCUAUUUCAUGGCUACCAACAGCCUGCACCUGACCACCUUCAGCCUGCAGUACACCCCUCCCGUUGUGGCCUGCGUCUGUAUCCACCUGGCUUGUAAGUGGUCCAACUGGGAGAUCCCAGUCUCCACGGACGGGAAGCACUGGUGGGAAUACGUUGAUGGCACUGUAACUCUGGAGCUCUUAGAUGAACUGACUCAUGAAUUCCUGCAGAUCCUCGAGAAAACUCCCAACCGGCUUAAACGUAUCCGGAACUGGCGGGCCUCUCAAGCAGCCAAGAAGUCAAAGGCUGACGACCACGGCGAAGAGGAGAGCCUCUCGGAGCAGACGAUUCUCAACAUGAUUUCCAGGAACAACAGUUCUGACAUGAACAUUGCAGGUUUAAUGAGCAUGUCAACGUCCUCGACUGCUGGAGCAGGGCCAUCUCUGCCAGCCGCAGCAGACUCGCCCAGCGACCAGGGUGGUGCAGAUAUGUCCCAGCCUGAGCACUGGCUGUCCCAGCAUCCUCCACCCAAGCUGGAGGCUGGCCAGAGUCACAGGACUAACGAAAGCUCAUCAGCUGCUGAGCAUCCUUUACAGCAAGAUGGCGCUGGUUAUCAGAAGCAGAGCGGCAAGAAUGCCCCAUCGGCGAAGGUGUCGCUCAAGGAGUACCGGGCCAAGCACGCAGAGGAGUUGGCGGCACAGAAGCGUCAGCUAGAGAACAUGGAGGCCAAUGUGCGGUCUCAGUAUGCCUAUGCGGCGCAGAAUCUCCUGGUCCAGCAGCAGCGGGAGAGAGAAGUCCAGCAGGACAGCAACCCCUCUCCAAUCAUCCUGAAAAUCCCCAUCGGUGGCCCGGAGAACCCCGAGCGUCCUGCCCCUGAAAAGAGUGACAAAGCCUCAGCUCUGAAGCUGAGGAUCCCAGUGGCAGGAGGAGGUGGGGACAGACCGCUCCCCUCCAAGCAGGAGGAGAUAAAAAUGCGGAUCAAGGUGCCAACUGCUGCAGACAGGCACAGCUCCUCGGACGAGAGCAGUGGCAAAAGCCGAGAUCACAAGGAGAAACACAAGGGCCACUCUUCUAACCACCACCACCACCACCACAACCACCACUCUCACAAACACUUGCACGUCCCGCUUGGAGCUGGCCCCAGCAAUGUGGGCAACAAGCGGCCAGGAGACUCUAAACAUGGCAGCCAGCCGAGCACUGUGCCCCACAAAAGCUACAGUUUGUAUGGCUCUUCUCGCAAGAGGCCCCUGCCAGAGGAGGCAGCAGCCGCAGGACACGAGCACCAGCCCAAAAUCAGUAAAAGCUCCAAAGGCCCUGGCAUGCAGUUUCCGUAUCCCCACCUGCCUGGGGCAGCCCAUCUCCCAGGGCACAGCUCAGAAGCAGGUGGCCUCUCCUUACCCCAGGCCAACAAAGCCAGGGGUCCCCACGGCAAACUGGACAAGGGUCCCACGGGGGCCAACGGGCACAACACAAACCAAGCCAGUGACUACCAGGAUACAGUCAAUAUGUUGCACUCGCUGUUGAGUGCGCAGGGCAUGCAGCCCAUCGGGGCCCCUGGCUUCGAAUUCCACUCGUGUGGCGAGUACUUGAACCCCCGGGCUGCCGUGAGCUCCAGAGCCGCCAACACGGACAAACGCCCCUGCAGGGGAGGGAAAGGGCUGUUUGGUCUCCACUGCCUCACGAAGAACUAUUUUUAUUAUAACUUUUAUUAUUGGUAUUUAGAGCGCGGAGUUGUUGAAGCUGUGAAAGGAUGA